AUGUUUCGCUACGCUCUCCUAGGAGCUCUUGCCUUCACAGUUACUGCCGCGAAACAUGAAGAUCCAGAAUGCAAGAUGACAACACCACAAAUAAUAGAACACUGGGGUUAUCCGGCCGAAAUUUACACUGUAACCACGGAGGAUGGAUAUAUUUUGGAGCUUCAUCGGAUUCCUUAUGGGAAAAAUGAUGCAAAACCAACAUCUCCACGACCAGUUGUAUUUAUGCAACAUGGUCUAGAAUGUAGCAGUAGUAAUUGGGUGACGAAUUUACCGGACGAAAGUGCAGGAUUCAUUUUUGCCGACUCCGGUUUUGAUGUAUGGCUUGGAAAUAUGCGAGGAAAUACGUACAGUACUAAACACAUCAACCUUAACCCCAAGCAUGAGAAAUUCUGGGAAUGGACUUGGGACGAGAUGUCAAAAUACGAUUUGGAAUCAAUGAUAGACAAAGCACUGAAUGUAUCCGGACAACAACAACUUUAUUACAUUGGACAUUCACAGGGAACGCUCACUAUGUUCUCAAAACUUUCUGUGGAUAAGCAAUUCUCGAACAAGAUUAAAAAAUUCUUCGCUCUGGCUCCUGUCGGCUCUGUUGCUCAUAUCAAAGGAAUGCUGAAAUUCUUGGCCGAUACUUUCAGUCUUGAAUUUGACACAUGGAACGAUAUAUUUGGAGCGGGAGAAUUCCUUCCAAACAACUGGGUGAUGAAAUUAGUUGCAGACGCUGUAUGUGGUGGAUUAAAAGUGGAAGCAGCACUGUGUGACAACGUUUUAUUCUUGAUUGCUGGUCCAGAAAGUAAUCAGAUGAAUCAGACUCGAACUCCUGUCUAUUUAACUCAUACACCUGCCGGCACUUCAACGAUGAACGUCAAACAUUGGCUGCAAAUGGUGAAGAAAGGUACCGUGGCAAUGUUUGACUACGGGACAAAGGAGAACAAGAAAAAAUACGGACAGGCAAAUCCACCAGAAUACGAUUUCACACAAAUCCAAAAUCCUAUCUACCUUUAUUGGGGUGACAGUGAUUGGCUUGCAGAUCCGCAAGAUAUUUCCGGGUAUUUGUUGCCAAGGAUACAACACACUCUUGUGGCGAAUACAGAGCUGAAUGAUUACAAUCAUUUGGAUUUCAUUUGGGGACUUCGUGCUCCAGCCGAUAUUUACUAUCCUAUAGUGAAAAUAAUCAAUGCAGAUCUCUCUUAG